UACAUAUGGUAAACCUUUCUAUUACUACUACUACGACUGUCAUUUCAGUCAGGUGAUUGCGUCUGUUAACUGUUCUCUAUUUUUCGAGAUAACGACUACCUAGUAUAUAAUGUGAGACAUUCGCUAGAAGAGUUGAAGACCAAAGGCCAAAAUGAAGCUGGAAACGCAAUUAUUCAUGCCAUGGUGUUGAUAUGCAUUCCAUAACACUGUAAAUCCUGGAGCAUCAGUGACUCACAAUGAUUACCUCAGAAGGUUCCAGCCUUCCUAUUGUUCACAUAAGGGUGGUAUAUGAACAAAGUUGCAAGGUGUAUCCAUGUGACUAUUGUUUCAAAACAUUCACUUCAGAAAAAUCUCUCUCCUCCCAUAUUUGCGCACACCACAAGUCUGUUGAUGUCCAAGAUGUGUUUGUUUGUUCAAUAUGUAAUUGUUGCCUUCUUAGCCAGUCAGACUUACUGGAACAUGCUGCUUUGCGCCAUCAGUUACAGCUUCUGGGAUCUGAUGCCAGUUUCCAGUUAUGCCAGUACUGUGGAGCCCAGCUCCCUAACCAUGAAACUUUAGGGAAACACAUUGAAAAAGACCAUGCAGGGGCAUUCUUGAAGAAAGGAUGUAGUUCAUCAGACAUCAUUGAACUUACUUUGAGUGAAAUUUCAAAUAUUGGUAUGGGAGAUAAGAAUUGCAGAACUCUUUUCAAAGUAAUAGAGAUACCUUUAGAAGAAAAAGAGAACUCGUAUUGUGAAGACCCUAAGAGUUUGGUAAAGGGAACGGAUGAUAGAGAAGCAUAUAAGGUAAAAAGUUCAGGUGAAACCGAAGUGUCAAGAGUAAGACAAGAUAUAGUAGUAGACCAGAAAUGUUCAAAAAUUGAAGGGCCUCUCAAUAAAGAUUUUAGGACCAAGGUAAACAUGAAGAAAGAUGCUGUGUUGCAGUUUGACUGUAGUAAACAAGAGCUCUGGAAUGAAGCUUCUGUGCGUUCAGAGGGUGAGGAGCACGAAAAUUCUAAACUGGCUAUAACUGUACUUUGUGAGCCAGAUGAAUCAGCAUUUCCAUCAGCUAAAGGGGAACUUGUUCUGACUGUGGAAAGUGAGGAAAAACUUGUUUGGAGCAAGGAUGUUGUGUCAAAGGUCAUAUCUUCAUCAGGCAUCUUAAGAAAGUCAUCCCUCAAUGAUAAGAUGCUUGAUUUAUUGCCAGUGAGUGUCAGUAGGGAAGAAGCAGAAGUUGUGACGCAGUUGUAUAGUGGGACUGACCAGAUAGAUGGUAACAAACGUUUAUCGCCAGCCAACAGCAAUGUGGAAACGCAUAUUGUUGUUGGGUGUGUUGAUGGGAUGGAAAACUGUAUUGCGGAGGAUAAAGGUACAGACUGUCAAAAGGUCAUCAAAACGAGAGACUGCUGUAUUUGUGGGAAAAGAUUUACAAACAUGGGAGAAUUGGAAAGACAUGAAGGCAGUGUCCAUGGGGUCCGGAUCAAGUGUGAUCUUUGCAAUGACACAUUUGCAUUUUCUAAAUCCUUAAAGACACAUUAUUUACGAAAGCAUAGCAAUUCUAAAAGCUUUCCAUGUGAGUUUUGUGGAAGCUGUUUCAAGUCAAGGGGUAAUUUAUGGUCCCAUCGUUUAAGCCACCAUGGUGCAAAAAGACACGAAUGUCCGCAGUGUCCACAGCGUUUCUGUACAAAGUCAAAACUAAACAAUCAUCUUCAGACUCAUUCAGGGAAAAAGAAAUACCAGUGUGGAGAGUGCAAUAAGGGAUUUAUAUAUCCUGGUCUACUUGUGCAUCACAUGGGCAAACAUUUUUCUGAAGAAAGAUGGGAUGAUGCUCCUGAGAACGAGACAUUCUACUUGGUUGAGGUCAAGACUGAGGAUGCUGAUGCUCCAAGUACAUCAGACAACCAAUUGCAGUGAUUAAUAUAUACGCCACACAAGACCCAGGUUGUUGCAUAGAUAUUCAAAUGUAUAGCAUUUUAGUUUAUUUUCAUUUUGACAAGGUGCCUUCUUGUAGGUAGAACAUUAGUAUUUCAGAGAGGUGGUUUGCAUAACCAUUUCACAUACCUUCAACUUUUGUCAAAGCAACAACCACUGGAUGUUAAAAUUUAGACUAAGGAAUAUAAACCAAAUAACAUUU